CCCUCGGUUUACCUCGGUUAAUUACUUUAACCUUAGAUGUAAUCGCCCGAGGUGUGCCGAGUGCAAAAAAUAGUAAACAGUAAAUAUGAUGUACUCGCCAUUAAAUCAUGAAAUAUGCCAAGAAGCUAACACUUUUGGAUUGAAGACAGUGGAGGAUGAUUUUGUCAACAACUUUAUGAAAGCCACUCUUCCAGCAAAAAGAUUACGCAAAGGGGAACUAGAAAACCUGGAGUACUUCAAACAAAAUUUAGAAAACAAGCGUCGUAAGAAAACGUCACCUCCAGUGUCAAAAAGAAAGGGUCUCACGUCUAGAGAACGCAGAAAGCUCAGUUUGUUUGAUGCACCAAAGGAAGGGCAAAAAUUUGAGACAUAUCUUCCGAUGCAUGACUUGUGGAAAGACUACAUGAGGCAGACAUUGGGGUUAACAGACAAAAUCAAAACCAUUGAUCAGCAUAAGCGUGACAGUGUUCUAAAAGCAGAUUUCCAUGGGUGCUUUCUAACAGUAUCCAAGUCAUGUUGUCCAUCAUACAUUGGUUCAACUGGUAUUGUUAUUAUGGAAACAAGGAACACAUUCAAAAUCAUCACCAAACAGAAUCAUAUUAAAUGUAUUCCAAAAAGAAACAGUGUUUUCAUGUUUGAACUAGAUGGACAUUACAUAACAGUGUACGGAAACAAUUUCUGUUGUCAUCCAGUAUUGAGAUCAACAUAUAAAUUUAAACCAAAGAAAUAUGUUGCAAUAUAAUUAAAGUCAAUUUGUUUAGAA